AUGGCACCUGUCAACCUUUCACACAGGCGAACGCAUAAUCUGCUCUUGAUCUCGAAACUCUUGAGCCUGCGUGACACUGCAUCGCCCCUCACACUCGUCUUGGACUCUUUAGAACAACCAGCCACACCACUGCUGAAAGAAUACAUCAGACGUGCGAAGCUGUCUAAAGUUCAUGUCACGCUCAUUGCUUUUGAGACGCUAAAACAACCCGAAGGGGUCGAUGCCUUUAUAUCCACUCGCCGCAAGAGUACUGCCGAUAUAGCCAAAGAAGUCAACGCGGCUUAUCAGCCCGCCGCAGCUUCCAACCCCUCGCGGAGACGUCUUAUUCUUAUUGAUUCAAUUAAUCCUCUUUUGAACUCAAAACGAGUUGAGCCUGGUUUCCAUCUGCCCUCCUUCCUCGGCUCUUUCAUUGCUCCCACGUCCGCAUCGGCCAAGGUUGAUGCGUCACUCGUGGUGACAUAUCAUCAAGAUGUCCCCGAAGCUCCGCAGCCAAACCCUUACACGCCAUCUCCCAUCUCUGUGCUAACAUACCUUGCUACGAGUAUUAUGACCCUCCAUUCAUUCUCGCAUGUUCUGGCACAGAAAGCUGCUCGCGAUCGCAGCCUAGCUCCUCCAGUCUUUGGGCUCGAAGAAGAGCAAGAAGGUAUCCUGCUCAGCCGUCUGGACAGACUAGCCGGCACCGGGACAGCAGAAGGGAUUGUCAUUGAAUUGGAACACAGACGAAAGAGUGGCCGUGGUGUUCUUGAGUGGUAUCUCCUGCCACCUGCGUCGCGGUACUCGCCACAGCAUCUGAAAGAGGUUGUGACCUUACUUGAUGAUAAUGUUCUCUAUAAUCCUCCCAUGGAGCAAGAUACCGCCGCCGGCGACGAGGAACCAACGUCGACCUUUGAGCUCGGUCUCACCGAUAGACAGAGGCGCGAGAGAGAAGGCGUUGUGUUGCCGUACUUCGACGCACAGCAUGGCGAUGGCCCAGGCGAGGGAGGUCGAAUUCUCUACGAUAUGGGAGAAGAAGAUGAUUUCGACGAAGAAGAGGAUGAGAUUUAG